AUGUUCAAAAAGUUGCAAAAGCUGGUUCCGAAAGACGUGAAGGAGGCCAUCCAUCAUGCCCAAGCGGCAAUCUCGAGCACCAGUCAGACUCGCAAAGCCGAGCCUGGGCUGCGCUGUGAGGAGGCAGACGACUUCUUUCGCGAUGGCGGCGAGCUCUCGCAGGAUAUUUUCGAGAUCGGGGAUGAAGAUAUCUUGGUCCCACUGUUUGAGCCUUUGGCCGAGGAGGAUGAGGCCUGGCUGCGUGAGCAAGAUGCAGCAGAGGCAGCAGCUUGUGCCGAAAGGUCCAGCAGCUCGGCGGGCGAGCCAGGACCUCCAGGAGUGACGUUUGAUCGCAGCCAAGGCCGUGGCCCCGUGGCAGCUAUACUUCUUAUUGACUUCCAUCAUGCUUUAGGACCCGUCAUCGAGUGGGCUCAUCCCAAAUCCGUUCUGGAGGAGUCCUCAAGUAGUGCCGAAACCUGCGAGGACUUUCCAGCUCUUGAUCCUUGGCGUGCCAUCAAGGCAGAUGGGAGCCCAGCAGUGUCCAAGGUGCUGCAUGUGGUGGCUUCACUGGCGCUACCAGAUGCUGCACACAGAGAAAAAGAAGGACAGACGUCAUCGGUCUUUUUCCUGGUUCCUUGCGGAAACGGUCAGCUCCUGCAUGGAGUAAGCUGUCACCGCCGUGUGGAAGCAGCUGAGCUACUGCACAGAGAUGCUAGUGUCUCCAGAGGUGCUGUGCAAAAAGCCGUGUGCGUCCUACUUCGUGGUCCUUUUUUCGGGCUCGUCCAGCAGCGGCUCAGCCCUGUCACACAGGUGUUCUUUGAACAACGUGAUUUUCGGUGUACAGAUCUACUGCGCGACUUCGAUGCCCAGUUAGACUCCGUGCCGUUUGAAAAGCUUCCGGAGACUGACCUCUUCUUUGGGAUUGAUCACUCGCGGCUCUUCCUUGCUUUGCAGCACAAGCUCUUGAGCGUUUUAAAAGCGAUCAUGCUGGAGGCAAAGGUCCUCGUGAUUUCCGACAGUCCAGAGCAGUGCAGUCGCGCCGUUUUGGCCAUCCUCUCACUACUUCCGGGUGGGCUUUGGUUGGGCUUCAACUCGGAUGGCUUCGGCGAACGACAUUUCCAGUAUCAGAAGCAUGGUUUUCCCAUCCAGUGCUUUGGACCCCGUUGCUGCGUGUAUCCUUAUCUGGGCUUGCAGAUGCUAGACAGCUUGCUGCAAAUGCGCGGCUUCUUGAUUGGAACGACCAAUCGGAUUUUCCUGGAGCGCACCAGCCCACACGUCGUCCUGGAGGUGCCAGGGGUAGAAGACAGCAGCUUCUCGGUGGAUUUUCUGUGCAAAGAGAUCAAGGAGCUCACAAGGUGCACCAGUGCGGAAAAAGCAUGGCUGCUGGAGGCGUCUCAGCGUUUGGAGAAGGCCAUGCCAAAGGAGCACGCCCAGGCGUCUCGUCCUGCGGUGAGACCACAGGACCAGGACAAUGAUGAUGAUGAUGAACUGGAGCUUGUAGCUGAUGCUCCUCACUUGUCAGAUGAUGCAGUGAAGAGAUUUGACUCUGAGGAGCUGGUCAGAGAUGCGCAGGAGGCAAGUGCGGAUGCCAUAGCGGAGGUCAAUACGGCUGCUCUUCGGCAGGAGCACUUGCUGCAAGAGACCACCUGGGCUGCUACUGUGGAUGCUGAUCGCAACGCCUUUGCUGGAUAUUGGAUUCGACUUGUUGUGGCACUGGCCAAGACAUCUGGACCAGAGCGUGAUUUCGCGGCAGGUUUGGAGGUGGCAUCUCGGCAAGAAAAGUCUGAUUUAGCUCGCUUCGGACUACCUUUCCUGCAAAGAUGGGUCAUGCGUACCCAUGGUGGACAGCUUUGGUUGCAGGUGCACAAGUUACCAGUCAAAGAAAGACGGCCAAAGCCACCACGGGAAGGACAGGGCACGUAUCGAUUCUCCAACGGUGACGAGUACCGCGGAGAAUUCCGCCGUGGUAUGCGCCACGGCUCCGGCGUGUACAUCAGCCAGAGGAAUCGGAUGCAAUACGAUGGCCAAUGGUUCCGUGAUCGCCGCCAUGGCAACGGCACCCUGACGAUCGAGGCUGCUGGCAAGGUGCUCUACACCUACGAUGGGCAAUGGCAAGCGGACAAGCGGCAUGGGUCUGGAAGCUGCGUCAGGUGUCACAAGGAGAAGUACUCUGGACAAUGGGUGCAGAAUCUAUACCAUGGAGCCGGGACCUUUGUGGACGAGAAAGGCGCCCUGUAUGAAGGUGAAUGGCGCUAUGGCAAAUUCCACGGCGUCGGCAAGCAUGUGUGCCAGGGUGAAACCUACACUGGGAACUUUGUAGAUGGGGAGCGAGAUGGUACGGGCCAGCUGGCUCGGGCGGCUGCACCCAAACCCACAGUACAGGACUUCCUUGGAUCGGAGAGUCUUUUUGCAGGCCAAUGGCGCGUUGGACAGAAACAUGGCCAUGGAACUGCGAUCUACGCUCUGGGAGAGUUCGAGGGCCAGUGGGUGAACGGCAAACGCCAUGGGCAAGCUGUUUUGUCCUAUCAGGGUUACCAGCUCGAGGGGCCCUGGGUGGACGACUUGCCUGAUGAGCAAGCGAGUCACAUGAUUUUCUACCCGGAGGGCACUAAGUACACCGGCCGAGUGCGCGUGUAUGCCAAUGGCGAGGAUGCUGCAGGCGAGGGCAGACUGUGGACGCCUUGGAAUAUUGUGCCGGAAGGUGAGGGCAUGAUGAAAGAUCCAGAUGGUCGCCUCUACGAAGGGCAGUACCAGUCCGGAGACAAGCAUGGGCGUGGUUUUGCCUUCAGCUUGGAUCAAUCGAAGUAUGAAGGUGAGUUUCUCCAUGGAGAGCGUCAUGGUUCCGGGUGGUUGCAGACUGCACCUGACCAGAAAGAACCGACGUUGGAAGCCAAGUUCAACCUCCGUAAAGCCGAGACGUUGUUUGAGACCGUAAAGUUCGUUUCAGCAGUGGCUGAUGGCUGA